AUGGGAUUUUUUAUUUUUAUUUUAAAUGUUGAGAUUUUUUGUUGGUUUUUGAAAAGAGCAAACAUGGUCUUUAAUUUAAUGUAAUAUAUAAUAAAUGAGAAGCCAAAACUAAUAUAUGAAGAGAAUGGAGUUUAGAGCAAGUAUAUUGUUGUUGUUGUUCACUAGCUUUUUACUUACAUGGGUUAAUUUUUUGAGUGUUGAAGGAGAUGAUUCAAUGGGGUACUGUAAAUUUCCUGCAAUUUACAACUUUGGUGAUUCAAAUUCAGAUACUGGUGGUAUAGCAGCUGCUUUUUACCAAAUGGCUCCUCAAUGUGGUGAAACUUUCUUCCAUAGACCAUCUGGAAGAGGCUGUGAUGGUCGUUUAAUCAUUGAUUUUAUUGCAAAAGAGCUUGGAUUGCCUUACUUGAGUGCAUACUUAAACUCAAUUGGUGCAAAUUUCAAGCAUGGUGCUAACUUUGCCACUGGAGGAUCAACCAUUAGGCGUUUAAAUGAGUCAGUUUUCCUUAAUGGGGUCAGCCCUUUUUCUCUUGAUAUUCAAGUUGUGCAGUUCACUCAGUUCAAGUCACGUACUGGUUGGUUUUUCAAGAAUGACAACAAAAGCUCACAUAGAAGAAAUCUGCCAAGACCAGAGGAGUUCUCAAAGGCUCUUUACACAUUUGAUAUUGGCCAAAAUGAUAUUGCUGCUGGGUUCAGGUCAAUGACUGUUGAACAGUUCAAACUACAAAUUCCUGAUAUAAUAAACCAGUUUGGUGAAGCUGUCAAAAAUCUAUACGAACAAGGGGCCAGAUCAUUCUGGAUACACAACACAGGUCCUCUUGGUUGUUUGGCAGUGAGCCUUAAUUACAGUCCUAGUCCAGACCCAAACACUUAUGACCCCAUUGGUUGUGACAAGGCUCAAAAUGACAUGUCAAAAGAGUUCAACACAAAACUCAAGCACAAAGUCAUUGAAUUAAGGCAAACACUUUAUGAUGCUGCAUUAACUUAUGUUGAUCUAUUUGCAGCCAAGUAUCAACUCAUAGCUAAUGCAAACAAGUUAGGGUUCUUAGACAAGGCCUCAAUUUGCUGUGGAUAUCAUAAAGAUAAUGAUCAUGUGUGGUGUGGAAAUAAGGGAAAAUUUAAUGGUAGUGAAGUUUAUGCUGAUUCAUGUGAAGACCCUUCUUUGUAUAUAAGUUGGGAUGGUGUGCAUUAUACUGAGGCUGCAAAUAAUUGGCUUGCUAAUCAUAUUUUAAAUGGUUCAUUUUCUGAUCCUAACAUUCCCAUUACACAUGCUUGUUACAACAAAUGAUAUUGACUCUUGACUUUGUCAACAACAUCAUCAUCUAUUUAAUUUAUGAUUUUUAUUAUAAGACACUUUUUUCUUUUUCACAUACAAAAACCAAUAGCAAUAAAGUAAAUUUUUUACACA